AUGGGAUUUCUCACUUUUAGACUUUUUUUCUUUUUAUUAGGCAUUAUGUUUUUCUUUAGAUAGCUCACUUAUUAUAAUGGCCAAUUUAUCAUUUUUUAUUGGAUUAUGUUUACUUAUUGGAAUUAAAAGUAAAUUGCACUUUUUCUUGAAGAAAGGUAAUCAAUAAUAUAAAUUUAAGGCAAAUUAAAGGGAAGUAUUUUCUUUUUUUUUAGGAUUCAUUUUUAUUAUCAUAUUAAAAAUUACAAUUAUUGGAUUUCCAUUAUAAAUUGAUGGUCUAUUUUAAAUGUUUAAAUCAUUUUUACCUUUCCUAUAUGAUAGUGCAACCAAAUUCCCAAUAAUAGGCAUAUAUUUAAGUAUAUAUAAUUAAUAUUAUAUAGUAAAACCUUAAUUAAAAAAAAUUUUUGAUGAAUUCUCAGCAAGGGGUCCAUCAGUCUGAAAUAUAUAUAUUAUAAUUUAUUAUUUAAUACAGGUACCAUUAAUUAUCUUAAUAUUUUUAAGUUUCAAGAGUCACAAUUUAUUAAUUAAUUGAAAGUAAAUACAAUAAUGAUUAAUAAAGAAUAUGAUACUAAAAUUAACUAACAUGCUAUAAAGAGUGCUUUAAAAAAGGAACUAUCUAACUAAGAAUAAAGUAAUAUAUUUAAUGAUCAAUAAAGUGUUUCGACGAUACGAUAGAAAAGGUAGAGAAAUUACUUUUGGCUCAAAAUAUGAAGUUACAAUUGAUGAACAUGUUCAAUUUUUAUAAGCAAUCCCACCUCUUUCUACUCCAAGAAAUAGAACUAAGUCACCACUUGGAAUACCUUUAAGUGCUAGAUCACCAAUAAACAAGUCUCCUUUAAUGGAAAAUGGUGGAAAUUCCACUCCUAUUGUGAAUUCUCAUAAAAAAUUGGAAUUCACAAAAAAAGAAGAAGAAUCUUUAAAAAUAUUAGAAAUAAAAUAUUAAAAAUAAAAAAUGCUUAGUAAAUAAUAAAAAUAAUGUUGUAUUAUCUGGUGA